AUGCAAUCUCGGUUUGCAAUUGGGUCCUCGGAAUAUAGUGUUAUUACAAUCGGCAAGCAGCCCAACGGAGGAAGGCCCACUACUCCUAUUCGCGUGGCACCUUGGUCCACUAAUCCCUGCACGGCAACAAAAUAUCAUGAGCUGUCGGUACCUGAAAAACUUGUCGAGCUUCUUGUAGAACGAAACUUCGGGUCGUAUCUAGACCCUGAUGCGAAACUGAAUCCGGUCAUGAGCUCUUCAAUGCUUAGAUUCGGAUCCAAGUACGGAGGCACUGUCAUCAAUCAGAUCACUGAGAUCAAAUUCCUGGAAAAUUGGCAGAUGAAUUAA